CUGCAUAAAUCACCAAGCACUUUAUUCAUUUCGAUUGAUCGUUAAGAAUAACAAAGAUAGGAAUGAUUUCCCUGGAGAAUAUUAUAAACUCUUUGAAGCGCUGCAGCAAAAGUUUCACAAAACUUCUUUUCUUGGUUUGGAGUCAAAAAUAUCGCUUUUUAGGCCCACAAAAUUAACAUUAAUAUUGAUUCAAAACCAGAACUUUUGGUAGUAUGGCUUUUAUAACAGUUCGUUUUGGAGAUAAUGAGGAAGAGCUUUUUAACCCUAAUUGUGUCACACUCAACCUCAUGGAUAAUAUUCGAAGAAGGUGCCGUUGUCAGCGAGGAGUGAUUUUAGACUUAUCUGAUGAAGAUGGCGAUCUCAAGAACCUCCCCGAAUAUUCUAAUCACUACGCUGACAAGUUUCUCAAAGCAAGACAAAAGUUUGUUCUUAUCAAGAUAGAAA